AUGCCUCGCCACCGCCCAUCCGCAACCCGCGAGGCCCAUCCGGCAAAAGCCCAACAAAUUCUCGGAUAUCACUUCCACAAGCCUUCUACCCUUCACAAGGCGCUGAGCGCCGACAAGUCCCUUGCUCUCCAUGGGGACGCGCUGAUCCAACAUAUCCUCGUAAAAGAGGGUCUACAUCGCCACGCGUCGAGAGGGAGAAUCAAUCAGGUUCUCAAAACGGCUUCGAAUGCGCAUCUGAGUCAGCGGGGGUAUUCAACUGGUCUGGCUGCGUGUAUUCGAGUCACGCCAGGUCAGAAUGGGUGUCCUCAACCGGGUCCGGUGGCGGAUGCUAUGGAGGCUGUUUUGGCGGCGAUCUAUGAAGACAGCGCGGAAAAUAUGGGCGCGGUAGAGUCUGUGAUGAAAAGGCUGGGGAUUUGGUGGCCUUGA